AAAUGUCUGGUGACAUCUAGUGGUCAUCAACGUCAGUGUAAUUUCCACCCCCUCAUUUCCUGAUUGAACUACUUCAGGAUAAAUAAUGCAAUACUUUAGGGAAGGGGGCUCGACUAAAAAGGACACAGGAUAAAAAAAAUCCUGCCUUAAUAUGAUGUGGAUGGGUUUAUAAACCCCGUAACGAGAUUAAACACUUUCUCUCCUCUGGUCUUUGGUUAAACUUUUAUCACCAACCAAACCACCCACCACCCAUUGUGAAUGUGAGUCCACUUCCAUAGCAACCUACAGUGUGGAGUUACAUAAAGCUCUGUGACUUGGUUCUCCAGAAGUCUUGCAUAAGGAAUUUCAAACAAUUUUAAGCACUAGCCAUGCAUGGUGAAAUUUCAACAGAGUCUCCUCAGCUUACUGUUAACAAUUUUGAGACCUUCCUGACCUCCGAUCAUCUGUUUGUUCACUUGUUGAAUACAUUUUUAAGUCUGCCGUGUUUCCCACAAGCCUUGCUGUACAAUCAGGAGACGGAUCAGUUUGAGGUGCCGAGCAACGCUGCAGAGUUCACCAUCAACAAAAUCAAAUUAGCACUAGAACACAGCAAAUCACAGCCCCUUUCUCAGGAUGUCAAAGCUCUGGCCAAAACUCCUUUCGUGGACAACUGUUAUACUGUCUCAUGUCUGGACAGAGAACAGGGUGUUCAGUGGAUCAUAAAGGAAAGAUUGACUUUUUUCCUUCAAAGUAGCUUCUACCACGAGUACAGGUACUCAAUCAUUCAUUCACCAAUCAUUGGAUUCUCUCAUUUAUGUGUGUACUAUGUUUUUGUGUGUAUGCCGUUUCAUCUGAUGUUUUGUAGACUAUCAAAGGUGUUGUUUCAGUGGGCACGAAACACAAACAUCCACAGGAAAGGAGGCAACUGUCGUCUCAAAACGGCCAUGCUUGGUGACAGAGGAAAUGGCAAAGCUCACAAGAACAAAUCAUCCAAACAAGGUUAUGUGAAAAUACAUCAGCCACUAUGUACAUCUUCUGGCCAUUGCAAACAACUCCACAAAGAUGUCAUUGAAUCAUCCCGAAUUUCUUCCAAGUGUUCCAAGCCGUCCACCACUUCCUCCAUGUCCUCCGCUUCCUUUCCAUCAAACCUGAACGGCGCUGACAUCAACAUCCGAGAGGCAACAGCUACAUCUCAAGAGAAGCAACGGUGUAAAGAGGCUUCAGAGCUGUAUUUGCGAGACCUGGCUGCCCAAAUGGUUCAGCAGGUGGUUGACGAUGCUGUCUUCAUUUUGACUGCAUGGAGCGAGGACAAAACAGAUGACCUCACAAGCAGUACCAGCAAAGAUAAAAAAUGCAAGUGUAUAUCUUGCCAAUGUCCACUUGAUGAGAAAAUUAAAGAACCGUGUGAAGAAUGCCAAAAAUGGAGUCGGGGCAUUGAAAUACUUGAUGGGGAUGAGAGCAAAAUGUCUGAGGCGAGUUCAAAUUUGGAAACGCCCCUGGGUGUUUGCUGCCAUGGUACCUGUCACCUAGGCAACCAAACAGGCAUGGAUGACUUUAAGAGGUUUUUGUGUGGCACAUCAGGAGGCAAGUUGUUCAAUUUCUGGAUGGACAUCGAGAGACUGAAAACUGUAACCAGUGACAGGGAGAACAGCUUUUUGGCUUUAAUGAGGAGCCGCUACCUGCUAAGCAGCAGUCAGAACAGUCUGCACUUGCAGCUCCUCUGCAGGUUGGGGCUGACUACCUCCCCCUGCUGGUCAAAGGCGAGACUGUGCUCCAUCCAGCCCAACAUCAUGGAGUCAAUCGCCUCUUACUGGGUUCCUCGUUACUGGACAUCCCAGCAUGUCCAAGUAGACCUUGAUUAUUCUGACAUGCAGCCGUGCAGAGAGUGGUAUGCUUGCCCUCAUUUGACCUCCAUGACCCCUCGUUCCUUUUAUCUCGAACCCUGGCUUCCGGAUCGCUACCAUCCACGGUCUCCACAUAGAGACGUUAACUUUACAAUGAAUCACUUUUAUGAGCAGUCUCACCCAAGCAGAAGUCAAUCACGAGGCCGCGCAAGACCGGAUCAUGUUUUGCAAGCGCUAUUUGCCGACCCUUAUGCUGGCUCAUACUUCGCUCAUUUCUGUGAACAGUCUGGAAAUCAGGUAGAAUUUAUAAUCUGGGCUGACACCCCAAAGAGUGGAUUGCUACACGUUUACAUAUCACCUUUAUUUGAAUCCUACCAAUCUCCCAUGUCUGUUUGUGAGCAAUAUUUCUUUUGCUCCUUUAAUUGCUUCCUCAAGUUAUGGGAGAAUGCAAUUCAUUUUUGGACUGACCUCCAGCAUUAUCAUGAGCUCUUCUACCAGGACGGAUUGGAUCCCUACAGAGUGCAGAGAGUAGCUCAGCUUCUCUACGCCACAUACCUUCAUAGCUCUGCCAGCAGGAGCGUGGGCAUGAAGGAGGAGAUCAAGGAGGAGGUGUACAACCAGCUGAUGCCUGCCUUUGAGGAGCUCUUUGAUAAGGUUGAGGACGGCAUCUUGAACAUCCUCAUGGAGGCUUGGACAGUGCUUGUUGACCGGGACAAAAAAUCCUUCCUGCAGGUAUGUUUGUACGAGGAUGUACGCUGUGUCAACACUUGGCGCUCUGAAGUGCUCCAGGGCUUGUAUGCAGCAUCGAAACAAAAUAUCAACCAGGUGCAGCAGUGUAUGACAUCUCCAUCGAAGACUUCAUCCAGGCUCUUCUGUCAGGGCCAUCGGGCCUUUGACUCUUGGUCCAAUGUGCCACCACAAUACCGAGGUUACGGCUUAGGCUCCUUAUUUCGCCACCAUCAUGCGAUUUGGCACUUUAUGUCAUUCCUCCGAAAUAAAGAUGCCAGUAUCCACCUAGAAUGCUGGAUGGACCUGGAGCAGUACAGGAGAACUCCUCAGAAGAACAGGGCAUUGAAACAGGGUCGAUCAUCUCGUAUUACAAAAAAAUAUCUCAACGGAAACUAUUUCUUCAGCUCACACAGUCCUGCCACUGAAGAACAGCAGAAUAACAUAUUGCACCUGGCAGGUGGACUGGGGCUUCUGAAACUCGAGUGUCUCUCAGAGCCAGUUACUGUGGAGAUCCAGGACAUCAUCAGAUGUCACAUUGAGAAAAAAUGGCUGCCUCAGUUUCUGGUCUCAGCAGAGUUCCUCGAGCGACGGAGACACAAACCGAAGAACAAGUCUCGACGACAAAAGACAAGAGACGAAGGCUGGAAGACUCAGGACUUAUGGAUAAGUUCCUCCAAGGAGAUCCUUCGUUUUCGACGGCUUCUUCUCGACCCAGCCUCCUGUUUGCACUUCCAGCACUUUGUUGCGCCGAAGGGUGACUUCCUGGAGAAUGAUGUGCUCUUUUGGCUGGAGGUGCAGAGGUACAAGGACCUAUGUCAUUCUCAUAGUGACGAGGCCACAGUUCAGCAGAAGAUCUCCACAAUCAUCAAGUGUUUCAUCAACUCAUCCACACCUCCAGCCCUGCAGAUAGACAUUCCUCUGGAACAGGCGCAGCACAUUAUGCAGAACCGCCACCAACUGGGCCCUUAUGUCUUCAGAGAGGCACAGAUGUCGGUGUUCAGUGAAUUGCUCAGGUUUUGGCCCAAGUUUCAAGAGUUGAGGAGCAGUGUACAUGAAGGUCGGUUACUGGAAAUGCUUCAGGGCGAAGGAGUUAAACACAAAGCCAGAGUGCGGAGACGAAAGAGGAAGGAGGAGGAAGAAAACGAGAGGAGAGCUCAGGAAGAUUCAAGACGGCCAGUUUACAAUUUAAGUGAGGAUGAAUAUGAUGAGGCAGUAGAAAAAAGAAGAGGUGAAAAUAGAGCGUCAAAGACGCCGAGUGGCCUGAUGCCGUAUGCUCCAAAGCCAUUGUCGUGGUCUUACUCCAAAUACAUGACAGCCCUGAAGAGAGACAAGGCGCUGCCAAAGAGACAAAGUCAGAAAGAAGCAUCAUUAUCUACAAACUCAGCAGUAUCCUCUGACGGCAGUGUGAGAUCAACAGGAGAUAAGCAUGACUGCCAGCAGUCCUCACGGCGCUUCUCGAAAUCACACACGAAAUAAUGCCAAUGAUGUGACAGGAAGCACAAAUCUCAUUUUUCAAACAUGGG